AGCCGGCAGAUUUUGACAGCCGAAAGUAAAUAAACAUUUCAUAACAUCCCAUGUUUUUCCACAGUGUACAAUAACCGAUGAAAUAAUUAAGGAAAAGUACAUUAAUUAUCCAUUAAACAGUAUCCUCGCGAAUAAGCAUCCUGCUAUUCAUCAUCCAACGGGCUUCCAAUGUUACACAUACGCUAUCUGGCUCGAAGAAUAAUUCGAAAUGAGCUACUGCAAACACGACUGUGUGCCAUUGCCCCUGUUACAAACGUCCACCAGCGGCAGCUUCAAUUCAGUGCGGCCCUAUCCAAGCGACGAAAAACAGCCGAAGAAAAGCAUGCGAUUGAAUACACACCGAAGAAAAAGAACAAACCACAAACAUCCGGCGUAGUGGACAUCUGGCGAAACAUGAUCGUGGCGGAUCUUGCCCAAUCGUGCCAGCUAGAGCUGGAGCACAUCCAGGAGGUGAUGCUGUACGUGAAGGGUGCCGGCAAUAUAGACGCCACCGCACGCCUUGAAGAUCCGAAGAUUAUCAAGGAUAUUGCGGCCAAGUGCGGGUUUAAGACGAAGAUUGUGGCCGCACCGGUUGUGGAGGAGGAAGUGUUGAAGGAUCGUGAUGUGGUACCGAGACCACCGCCAGCACCGGAAAACUUGAAGGAACGUCCACCGGUCGUGACUGUGAUGGGUCAUGUGGAUCACGGGAAGACGACACUGCUCGAUUCGUUGCGCGGGGCGUCAGUUGCGGCUAGUGAGGCGGGUGGUAUAACGCAACACAUCGGAGCGUUUACGGUGGAGCUGGACAAUGGUGAGAAGGUUACGUUUCUCGAUACACCCGGCCAUGCGGCUUUUAGUGCGAUGCGGGCACGUGGCGCUAAUCUGACGGACAUUAUCGUGUUGGUCGUGGCGGCCGAGGAUGGCGUUAUGGAACAGACGAAGGAAGUGUUACGGUUGGCCAAAGAACUGUCCGUGCCGAUCAUUGUGGCGAUAAACAAGAUCGAUAAACCGGGCGUCGAUAUCGACCGGGUGAAGAAGGAACUGUCGCAACAUGGCCUCGCGUUGGAAGGCUACGGAGGAGAUACGAUUGCUGUGGGCAUUUCCGCACUGCAUGGCACGAAUCUGGACGAGCUGACAGAGGCUGUGAGUACGCAGGCGACACUGAUGGGACUGAAGGGAGAGUACACUGGUCCGGUGGAGGGCGUUGUGGUGGAAUCGAAGGUAGAUUCACAUCGAGGGAAACUGUCCACUGCGAUUGUUUCGCGAGGCACACUGCGUAAAGGAGCGAUACUGGUCAGUGGACAGGCGUGGGCAAAGGUGCGCGGUCUGUUCGAUCACGCAGGACAACCCGUUUCCGUGGUCACUCCGGGCAUGCCGGUAGAAAUUCUAGGCUGGCGUGAGCUGCCCUUGGCAGGAGAUAUGAUUCUGGAGGUAGAAUCGGAAAAGAUGGCCAACUCGGUGCUUCGGUGGCGUGCGAACCAAGCCAUGAAGGAGAAGGCGCUGAGCGAUGCGGAAGCGAUCAACCUGAAGCGCAAGGAGCACGACGAGCAGUAUCAGGCAGAACGGGAAAAGGCUCGUCUGUCCGGCUUUUAUCGUCGCAAGCAGCAAGGACCACGACAAAAGGAAGCAACUCCGGACGAUGGAAAGCCACGCAUCAACGUGAUCGUAAAGGGCGAUGUGCACGGCUCGGUGGAAGCCAUUCUGGACGUGUUGGAAACGUACGACGAUAACGAUCGCUGCCGGCUGGACGUGAUACACUACGCCGUGGGUGAUGUGAACGAGAGCGAUCUCGAGCUGGCCCGAUUGUUUGACGCGAUCGUGUACGCAUUUUCGGUCAACGUGCCUAAUAAACCGACGAAAGAAGUUAACAUUCGACCGGUGAACAUCAUCUACCGGUUGGUGGAUGAUCUGAAGAAAGAGAUCAACGCUAAGCUGCCCCUGGUGGACGUGGCGGAGGAAGUCGGUGAAGCGAACGUACAGCAGCUGUUCGACAUAAACGAAGGACGGCGGAAGGUGACCGUGCUCGGGUGUCGAUGUACGAAGGGAUUGCUGAAGAAGUCGCUCAAGUACAAAGUGAAGCGCAACGGAGAGCUGUUGGUGGACGAGCUGAGUCUGGAAUCGAUGCGACACCUGAAGAACGAGGUGGACAGCAUCAAGAAGGACGUCGAAUGUGGGCUACGCUUAAAUGAUCAAACGAUCGAGCUGAAAGCGGGCGACACGAUCGUUUGCUACCAGAUCAACCGGGUACCGCAGCAGACCGAGUGGGAUCCAGGAUUCUAGAGCAGGAUUGGAUUCGAAUGUUGGCUAGAGAAUUAGUUAAGCGUAAAGAAAAGUUACGAAAGAAGAAAUGUUAAGAAUAAAACAGGUCUAAACAGCACU